UAAUGAUAAAUCAAGUUUCUAAGGCACCUAUACCUAUAAUAAUGUGAAGUACUUUAAACAGUACCGAAUGCCAUUAUCCGUAUUCAGUUUCCUAAAGAACGAGAAUCUUCGUCGUGGCGGUUUUUCUCACAUACAAUUGAUAAAGAAGUGACUGGAAAGAUAUUAUAUGGUCAAACAAAUAAGUCAGAUUCGUGAAACUUAAAAAUGAAUUAAAGAACAUGUGUGGGCAUACAAUACCUCAUCCAGUUGAAAGUAGUCAAGCAGUUAUUGGAAGAAUACAAAUGUCUGUAUUAUCAGACACAAGGGCGAUAUCCAUGCUACAAACUGCUUCACCUCCUUUAAUGGAGACAAGUACAGAAGUCAUAGAAAAACAAGGAAAAUCUAUUGGAAGUGAUGGCAUUUCGAAUACACAAAGGGUAUGGACAAGUUUGGUGUCUGGUGCUAUUGCAGGUGCAUUGGCAAAAACAACGAUAGCACCUCUGGACCGCACAAAAAUUAAUUUCCAAAUUUCAAAAAAGCCAUACUCUGCGAGAGCAGCAAUUCAAUUUCUAGUAAAUACACUUAAAACAGAAGGUCUACUUAGCUUAUGGCGUGGAAAUAGUGCAACAAUGGUCAGAAUUAUUCCAUAUUCUGCUGUUCAAUUCACAGCUCAUGAACAGUGGAAAAGAAUUCUAGGAGUAAAUGGAUCAGAAAGGGAAAAACCAGGACUGAAUUUCGUAGCUGGUGCACUGGCUGGUAUAACAUCUCAAGGUACAACGUAUCCUCUGGAUCUGAUGAGGGCAAGAAUGGCUGUGACACAGAAGGCUGAAUACAAAACCCUACGUCAAAUUUUUGUACGCAUUUAUGUGGAGGAAGGAAUGAUGGCUUAUUACCGUGGAUUCACUGCAACACUACUCGGCGUUAUUCCGUAUGCCGGCUGCAGUUUCUUCACGUAUGACCUCCUGAGGAACAUGCUGACUGUGUACACGGUGGCUAUUCCUGGGUUCUCGACAUCACUGAUUUGUGGCGGCAUUGCCGGAAUGGUUGCUCAGACUAGCAGCUACCCUUUGGACAUCGUACGGAGGAGAAUGCAGACUUCGGCAAUCAAGGGCCAGCAUUAUCAUACUAUUGGUUCUACCAUAAGAAAAAUUUACAGAGAAGAAGGUCUAAUGGCUUUUUAUAAGGGACUGAGCAUGAAUUGGGUAAAGGGCCCGAUCGCAGUAGGAAUUAGUUUUGCAACACAUGAUACCAUUCGCGAUACGUUAAGGAAAGUUAUUGCUUCUCCAACCAAAUUACCAAAUUAGUAUAACAGAAUUAUAAAAUAAUUCGUACAGUUACAGAAACUGAAGAGAAAUAUUGUUAAUUAUCCGUUACCAUAAGGCAUCUAAUUGUAGGUAAAAAGUAAAUGUACUUUUAUUACACGGAAAUUCCUUCAAAAUAUAAAUUCGCAUAAAAUCUAAUAAAAAGCAAGAAAACUGUUACAUACAAAGUCAUGGCUGUACUAAUUUGAUGAGAUUAUACUAUUUUGCAACGGACACAUCUGAAAAGACAG